GUGAGCAGCAGGGCUGUCCCGGGGAGGGCUGUCUGCAGCGGCGUGGGGGCGGGGCCAGGCAGGUUCCUGCAGAGCCCGGGCCUGGGGCAGCUGGUCGGAGCCGCUCCCCUUCCUCCCUGCCCCCUCCCCCGCCCCGCCCUCGCUGCCCACGGUGCCCCCGGUGCCCCCGGGUGCUGUGUUUGGGACAGAGCUCUGGCUACCUAAACCUGGGGGGCACUCGGCCAGCAUGAGGCCCACGUAACGUGGCGCCACUGCCACCGACUCGCUCAUCAGCUGCGCCCUGGGUGUCUGUCUCAAGGUACAGGCGGCACGGGCCCCAGACAGGGUCCGGCCUGGUGAGGCUGCCACGGGCCAGGGGGCUUCCUGCAGAGCCUCAGGUGCUGGCUGGGCCCGAGUCAGGCCUGGCGGGGAGCAGGGGCUGCCCGGGCGUCGGGGGCAGCAGUGGGGCGCCGUGGAGCAGCCCCCUGGGGUCACUUCCCCUGCGCAGAGGCCAGGGGGGACAGCGAGGGGCGGGCAGGAAGAGGCGAGGCCUCGGACGUGAGUCCUGGAGCCCAGCCACUGGGCACAGCCCCUCCUGGCCUCGGCUGACUGACCUGUAAAAUGGGCUUUAGCGUCUCAGUUCCUUUCUCCGGGCCUGGUGGGCCUGGCCAUGAGGGGCUGGGGCUCUGUAGCCUACCUGGCCCCGCCCCCACACAGGGCUGUCAGAGAUAAGGCCCAGUCUGGUUGCUCAGUGUGGGCGGGGUCCCAGAGGCUCCGCCUCUCCGUUCCCCUCCCAGGCCUCUCUCUCCUCCCUGCCCUGCCCUGCGCCCCACUUCCCUGGGGAGCUGCACUUCUCCAACCUCGCCUGGUGGGAGAGCUCGGCCCCCAGCCCCCAGCCCCUGCCGGCCCACCGGAAAUGCUGGCGGCUGGGCACGGCCAGGGCGUCCACUCUGUGGGCACCGCCAGGACCGCUGCAGCCUCCCAAGGGCCGGAGGCAGAGGAGGCGGAGCUCUCGAGCUCCCAGCUGGACACUGACCCUGCCGGUCUGGUGGGGCCCCUCCUCGCCCUCGUGCCUCCGCCUCCAGGAAGCCCUCACACACCCAGGCUAAGGCGGCGUCUUACUGCCAUGAAAUGAGCAUGCCCGGUUUGCAAAUAGCACUAGGACGUCAGGGUCUUCUGUGGAAGUCCCCCGUGGCGCGUGGACUCUCACAGAGUCAUGGCCGCCUGGAUCCCCGCGUGUGCGGCCAGCCAGGGCCACAGUUCAGAAGAGACCAUGGAAGUGGGCUCGCAGCUGCUGUCCCGCGUGUGCCGAGUCACCGGGCGCCACGUAGUUGAUGCCUUGCGUGGACUCUGGGCUUCCACCAGGUCCCAGCCCCACCAGCCCUUCCCGGGGGGGAAUUCCACCGGUCGGAACGUGUUCCCCCACCCCCGACCUCCCGCACAGCCCUCUGGGAGUGCUGGCCGUGCCCCCUGGGCCUACAGGCCGGCUGGGAGCUGCGGUCACUGUAGCUGCCCCCUCCUGCCCCUGCCUCUCAGGAGCCCAGGGCGCCACAGGUUCCUGCUGAGUCACAGCCGCAGCAGGUGGGCUCGGCCGUCUGGGGCUCCUCAGGGUGUUUGUCUCCUGGGACCCAUCUGCUGGCCCCUUGCAGGGCGCUCCCGGGGAGGGACCUGGUCCCCUCCCUCCGUGUCCCCCGCGUGGGGCGCAGCCCGGCUCGGCCCAUCCGAGGGAGCCAAGUGCUGCUCCGUGGAGACCCGCGGGUGCUCAGCAGCCUGGCCCCGGGGUCCCCGGUGCCCAUGGGGGGCCCAGAGCUUUGGGGUGCCGGCCCCUGGCUUGGAGGGUCUGAUCUACUCCCAAACCACAUCACGGACGGAGGACUGUCCAGCUUGGCUCCCCGGCCGCAGCACCGCACCGUGGGCAGCGCCGCCUGCCUGGGGGCUUUCCGGCCCAGCACACGCGUGUGUGUGGGAGGCGCUCGCUGAGCACCGUGGUCCCGGUACGGCCGAGGGCUCCCCGCUGUCCAGGAGCUCCGCACGGGCACCUCAGGGCCUGAGGUCGCGACCCCACCAGCUGCCAAUCAGGCGCUCUCUGCUGUCGCCCCCCCCCCCCCACACUCCUGCCAGGGUCCCUGAGGACCCGAGGCCGAAGGCGGAGGGAGAGUUCGCCGGAAGCUCCUUGGAGAAACGGCGCAGGAAUCAGGGCGAAGGUGCUGUCCGGCCGCAGGAAGCGGCGAUCCGAGCGGCGGCCCGGUUCCUUGUCCAAAUUACAUUACUCAUCAUUUCCUCGUCCGUAAUAGAAUAAUGACUGCCCCCGCUCUCUGCCCUCAGCGCGCAGGCCUCUGAAUGCGGAAGGAGCCGCAGGUGCUGCGCCGGCCCCAUCCCGCACCUGCGCCCCCCGCCCGGACCGCCCGGACGCCGCCUCACCCAUCGGUCUACAGCUGCCGGCUGCUGGCCUGGCCACGCCCGUCCCGCCUCUGCGUGGUGGCCGCGAGCCCUGGGUGACCACCGGGGAUGACGGCGGGCGUCGCUGAGCACGAGAGGAGCUGGGACCCACGCGUUCCUCAUCCCCUGUGACCCCUGCUGAACUCCCCACGCCCGCGCCCGCAGUGUGGUCUGAGACCCAAGGCGUCAUGCGCCGUCCCCCCUGCGCCCACUCUGAUCGGCGCCUGCCUCUUAACGAGGCCUCCGCAGACGCCAGGCCACCGGCGCGACGCACGCGACACCUGCCCGUCUCGGUGUCCGCAGGACUAAAACUGGGCUCCCCGGAGGAGCCGCAGCGCGGGUGUCGGCGAGAGGACGCCGGGGCUGCCCCCUCGGGGCGGGGGCUCCCAGGAGGCGGCCAGACCCCCUGCGAGGCGCUCCUGGCAGGGGCGCGUGGGCGGGGCAGAGCCAGGGCAGGGGUCAGAGCUUGGGUCUCAGCGCGCCCACCGUGAGCAGAUGGCUUCGUGCCAGCGCCCCGGUGUCUCCAUCCGUAGAAGCCGGAGGAGGCCGGCCUCCCGCGGCGGCUGGGUGGGCGGUGCUGUAGGGACCCUGGGCGUGGAGGACGUUUGGUGGACCUGGUCACAGCGCCCGGCACACUGGAGACACGAGUGCACGCCCUUGGCUCUCAGCCCGGUCCCUGGCUUUCUGCGCACCCUCCUGCAGCCCCGUGCCCUUGUCGUCUGCUCCAGGGCGCCCCCUGCUGCUCAGCGCGAGCUUUGCCAGCGUGCCGCAGGUGCGUGAUGGCCGGGACCCCCGUGGACCCAGAGAAGGCGCGAGUGUCCUGUUUCUGUGUUUCGUUCUGUGAGACCGACUGAGACCUUGGCGCUGACCAGUUGAGCCGCUGCUAUUUGCCGGAAGCGGGCUAGGACGGCGGCGGGACAGAGGCUUCCGCGGGUUUGCAGGGCCUUCCCGACCACCUGUCUGCCAGGUGCCUCCACCCGCUGUCACCCGCCUUCGGCACUCAGCCCUCUGACAUCGCCAAGGCCUGCUCCGCUGUCUGCAGACUGCACUGGGUUAGGCUCGGACGGAGCAGCCAGCGCCCCCUGGUGGAUCCCUCAGGGCUCAGUGCUCCCAGGCAGGGUGGGUGACCCUGACCUAAUGCCACUCUUUCCUCCGACCACACCCAGGCCCCCAGGAUGAGGAGGGGUGGGUAGAGGGAGGGGCUUGCUGCCUCUGAACCUCUGGCUUUGGCUGCUGUGGGGGUGAGGCCAGCAGCACUGGGCCUCGGGACGGAGCGAGUGGCCACACAGACGCAACCCCGGGGGAGGCAUCUCUGCUCCAUGCCUGGGAGGACGGUGGGGGGCGUCUCACUCGGACCCGGGCACACGGAAGGGGUGUGGUCUCUCCCGCUCUGGCCCCAGCUUCGAAGGGAGAAACCGAACCAUCCGGUGUUUAAAUCAGCGGAUUCCGAGCUGGAAGAAUUAAACGACUACCGAUUGAGCGAUUGGUUGAAUGAGGCACCGGCCCCUCCCCCAGCCUCCCCGCUUGUGCGCUGCCCUCCAGGACUGGGCUGCACGGUCCCCUCCUGCCCCGCGUCCUGGGGCAGACGCGGGGCUCCACCAGCAGUGCCAAAGUCCAGAUGACCCCAGGGCGACGCUGCCCCCUGGCUCCCCGGCCUGGGACUGCAGGCCCCCCUCCCCCUUCCCAUCUCUGGCUCCGCCUCCCGCAGCCUCCCUAAUAUCUUCAUGAAGACCUCAGCUCAGCGACCUCGGCCAGCACCCUCUUCCCGGGGGACGUCGCUCGGAAGCUCCCAGGCCUGGGGACGUCUUUGUGCACCGAGGGCCGAGGCUGGGGCGGCAGCCUCUCUCCGUCCAGCGUGCCCCCUUGGCCCUUGCUGCCCCAGGGGAGGGGGUGUGCCGGGGGCCCCCAUAAGAGCCCUCCCCAAGCCAGGAGGCAGGCUAUCCUCUGGGGCAGGGCAAGGCUCCGCCUCCCGCCGCCCUCACGUCCUCGGCGGGUCCUGCUCGGGGCAGGCGUGGGCCUGGGUAUGGCGUGGCUCUCGUGGGCCCCCUGUGGGGCGGUGGUGGAGUGCGGCGCUCCCGCCUCUCUUUGCUUCCCGGCACCUGGCUGGUGGCCUGCCGGCUGCUGUCACAAUCGGGAAUGUACGUUUGCUGAGCUGGAGAGACCACACCACGUGCACGCAGGGGCCUCUGCUCCUCCCCCGAGAGCCCGCAGGAGGCGCCUGCCCCCGUCAGCCCUGGUCAGCCCUGUCCUGGGCACCCAGAGCUGUCUUGGUGGGGCUGGGCUCCCCGACUCCCCCGCCCCUGCUGUCCACUGCCCACUCCUCCCAGGGAGCGGGGGUUCCUGCUCUGCGCUGUCUGUGCGUUUAGGGCUCCUGUGGGCGGUGGUUUCUCCCAGGCUUGUCACGUGUCCCCUGUAGACACGCAUGGCCUCGUGCCCUUCUGGUACGCAGGAAGCAGAGCCGGAGCAGAGCCACCCCUUCAUCUGCGAGGACCUGCCUUUCCGCCGUGGCGGGGCAGCCUGGAGGUCAUUUGGGUCUUCUGGUACCUGGGCUCCGUGCAGUGACUCUGAAAUUGAGAUGGUCUCAGCAACAGAGUGAGGCGAUUGAUUAGUGAUGCCUGCCACGGUCUCAGGAUGGGACUCGGGUCCGUUUGCCCGCUCCACUCACAUCCUUCAGGUCUGACCAUCCAGUUUUGCUGUCACCGAGGGGUUGUUUCCAGCCCCCAAAAGCUCAGCGGGACUCAGCGAUAGCCACAGCUGUGUGCCCUGCCGAGAGGCCCCGCUGUGGGCAAGGGGAAGUCUGAGUGGGUCGCGGGUCCUGGCGGGCAUCGUGCGGGUCGGUCGCAGUCUCGGAGUUCGGGAGAUGAGGCCAGAAGGAGCAGUCCUCCUCAUGGGCCUGCUUUGCCACCCCCAUGGUAGGGACGCUCGCACCUGCAUAGACUCUGUACCCCGCUCUUGCUGGUGUAGGCCCUGCCUCCUGCAGCCCCUUCUCAGGUUGUCCUAGACCUUCCUGGUCCUUUAAAGCACUUUACAAGAGAUUCAUUCGUUUAUCUGAAAGGCAGAGUCACAGAGAGAGAGGGAGAGACAGAGGCCUUCCGUUCGCUGGUUCACUCCCCAGAUGGCUGCAACAGACAGGGCUGGGCCAGAUCUAAAGCCAGGAGCCGGGAACUCCGUCCGGGUCUCCCACGCAGGUGCAGGGGUCCGGGCACUUGGGCCGUCUUCUGCUGCUUUCCCAGGUGCCUUAGCAGGGAGCUGGGUUGGAUGCAGAACAGCCGGGACUCCAUCUGGUGCCCAUGUGGGAUGCCGGCGUUGUGAGGGCCGUGGCGCCGGCCCCUAUAGAACUCUGCCUGGCAUUCCCACGGUCUCCUUGGUCGGCUGGGCAGGAAUGGCCGUUUCCUUUAUAGAUGGGGAAACUUAGAGACGAGGCUCAGAGAGCUGGAGGAGUGAGCAGGGGCAGAGCCACGGCGGAGGUGCGUGCCUGUCACGUGGCCCUGGGGACAGGACUGCUCUGCACACGCCCUGGCAUGCCCGCCGUCUGAGAGGAGAGGAGACCUCCUGUCUUAGGUUUCUUUAUAAAGCACUUUGUAAAUGAGCCAAGACAGAGCUUUAAACUUCUUAGGCAGUAAGUCCACACUUUUCUAUCUGUGUCCAUUCAUCCCUUCAUCCAUCCACCCAUCCACCAUCUAUCCAUCGAACCAUCCAUCAUCCGCCUCCCAUCCAUCUACCCACCAUCCAUCCAUCCAUCCAUCCACACACCCACCCGUCAUCUGUCCAUCCUCCACCCAUCAUCCAUCCGUCCACACACCCACCC